AUGAAUAAUAGAGAGUUACGUAGUAAAAUAAGACCAGGUCGUGGCGCUCGCAAGAAACAAGAGCAAUUAAAUGAUAAGCGUCGACCGCAAAGAUACACAACAAAACAAACAUAUGAACAGAAGCCACAAUUGUUAAAAGAGAUCGAUAUUGAAAUUCGUUUAUUUGAUGCUGUUACUCCAGACACCGAUAUCAAUGUUAAUGAAUAUUUGUUGUUUGAAAAAACGAUUGUUAAACAUCAAGGAAAAAAAAUGCAAAAUUUGUUAAAAUUAAUCGAGCGCAUUUGCGAUGUUCGCGUUGUUACUUUUUGGAAUCCGAACACAGUUAUCAUUUAUUUUGUUGGAAGUAAAAACAAACAUUCGUUAUUACAUACUUAUUUUAAUGCGCUAUUCAAUUAUGAACGAGAUCAAUAUUUUAUUUAUGGUGAAACAUUUUCAAAAAUAUUUACAGAUCAAUCUUAUUUGGAUAAUAUUUGUUUAAGAUCGAAAGUUUUAAUUGAUAUAGAAUUGGAUCGACAUCGAUUGAUUAUGUGUGGUAAUUCGGUUAAUGUUCAGGCUUGUUUUAAUGAACUAUUGAGUUUAAAAAAACAAUAUUUAAGUAAUGACGGAUGUAGUGAUAGUAAUAUCAAUUUGAAUAACACAAUUGAAUGUUUAAAAGCAACAAAAAUUAGUGAUAAUAAAGAAACAGUGGGAGAAGGAGAAUUAGAGAUUAUCGUGACAGAUGAUGAACAACUUCCGGAUUAUUCAACAUAUAAAAAAGAUGUCAAUGCAUCGAUUUUGCGCGUUUUAUUAGAAUCAAACGAUAAUAAUGAACAAACUGAUACGGCAAUGGCAGAUAAUAUGAUUUGCGAUGCUAAGUCAACAAUAAUGACACCAUUAGAAGACAAUAUGAAUGCUGGAUCUAAUUUAAAAGCAUCCAUGUCGAAUGAAACAGUGGUACUCUCGGAUAGUUCAGAUACGGAAUCUGAUCAUAUUGAAAUUAUAGAAAUGAUUAUUCCUCAUCAAAGAUCAGGUCCAUCUCUAAAGACAAUGAAUAAUACACUUUUAGCAUGUAAUCAAUCUCUUUCCACUUCGUCCGAUAGUCUACGAUGUAUUGCUAUCGACGGACAAAAUGUCGCACGCAAUUCAAAUGAUAAUUCACGAAUAUUUUCAUGGACACGUUUAAGAAAUGCGAUUCAAUAUUUUCAAAAACGUGGUCACCAACAGAUUGUAGCAUUUUUACCCAAUUAUCUUCGUAAUCAUAUUUCAAAUAAAAUAACAUUUUUGGAAGCAUCUGUUGAAAAACAAAUCCGUGAUGAUUUAAUUCAAAACAAUCUUCUUGCGUUUACACCGUCUCGGUAUUUGAAUGAUCGUCGUCUAACAAAUUAUGAUGAUCGAGUACUACCGUUUAUGUUUGUUGGUGAAUAUUUUAUGCCGGCGACAGAUCCUAUUGGACGAAAUGGUCCUAAUCUCGACGAAUUUUUAUCUAAACGACCUGUCUCUUGCAAUCCACCUCCAUUGUCAUCGAUAUACAAAUUACCGUCUCAUGCUAUCAAUUUAACACCUUGUCCACUAAUGACCAUUUCAUUUCCAACAAAACCAGAUGGUUGUUAA